UGACCUUUAUCACCAAAGUUAACGAUCACCUGGAAAACCUCUUAUUUUGUGUUCAAGUAUGGUCAUGUUCGCAUGAAGUGAAGUCAAUAUGAUGUCAUCACUUCGAAGCCCUCCUUCUGAUAGUGCUGUAACUGCAACAGCAACCGGAAAAUAUCCCAAGACUGGAGUCAGGAAUGCCAAGACGGUGAUUAAUCGUAUUUGACUCAUUGUUACCCCAGUCAGCAAACCAUGGCUGGAUUCAGGCAGGAGGAUGUUGAAGUCUACUAUGAUAUGGGAGAGGAGUUAGGAAGUGGCCAGUUUGCCAUUGUUCGCAAAUGUCGAGAGAAAAGUACUAGUAUUGAGUUUGCGGCCAAGUUCAUCAAGAAGCGGCGGCUCUCAUCCAGCCGGCGUGGUGUGAGCCGCGAGGAGAUUGAGCGUGAGGUGAACAUCCUACGUGAGAUCCAGCACAGCAACAUCAUCACCCUCCAUGACAUCUUCGAGAACAAAACAGAUGUGAUUCUCAUCCUGGAGCUGGUCUCUGGCGGGGAGCUCUUUGACUUCCUGGCCGAGAAGGAGUCUCUAACCGAGGAGGAGGCCACACAGUUUCUCAAGCAGAUCCUGGACGGGGUACACUAUCUGCACUCCAAACAGAUCGCCCAUUUUGAUCUGAAGCCGGAAAACAUCAUGCUGUUGGACAAAAAUGUCCCCAACCCUAGAAUCAAGCUUAUUGAUUUUGGAAUUGCACAUCAAAUAAAAGCUGGAAAUGAGUUCAAGAAUAUCUUUGGAACACCAGAAUUUGUUGCUCCAGAAAUAGUGAACUAUGAACCCCUGGGUCUAGAGGCAGACAUGUGGAGUAUAGGUGUUAUUACUUAUAUACUACUUAGUGGGGCUUCUCCAUUUCUUGGUGAGACCAAGCAAGAAACCCUGACGAACAUCUCUGCUGUGAAUUACGACUUUGACGAAGAAUACUUCAGCAACACCAGUGAGCUCGCCAAGGACUUCAUUCGACGGCUGCUCGUCAAGGAUCCCAAGAAGAGAAUGACAAUAGAUGACAGCCUUGAGCACCCUUGGAUCAAGGCCAUCAAGAGACGCAAUGUUCGGCAGGAGGACAGCAGUCGCAAGCCAGAGCGCCGGCGCCUGAAGACCACGCGCCUGAAGGAGUACACCAUCAAGUCGCACUCCAGCAUGCCGCCCAAUAACACCUACGUGAACUUCGAGCGCUUCUCACAGGUGCAGGAAGAGAUUGCGGCGGCCGAGGAGGGCCUGCGUGAGCUGGAGCGCAACCAGCGCUCAUGCCGCGAGGACGUGGCCGCGCUGCUCUCCAUCUACGAGGAGAAGGAGGGCUGGUACAAGGAGGAGAACCAGAGCAUCGCCGCCGACCUGGGCCACAUUCGCCAGGAGCUGCACCGCGCCCAGGCCCAGCGCCGGCAGAGCCAGGAGGAGGCCCGUGCCGCCAUGCUCUCCGCCAAUGCGCUCAAGCGCAAGUUCGGCCGCCUGGAGAACCGCUAUGACGCGCUGGCUGAGCAGGUGGCAUCCGAGGUGCGCUGGGUGGAGGAGCUGGUGCGUUCCAUCGCUGCGGAGAAGAACGCCCAGGGCAUCGGCAUGGCCUGAGGGCCAUCUGGGGGGGGGGGGUGCUUUAACUCCAUAUUGUUGCAUAUUUACCAUUCCUUUUUCCUGGACGCGUAUGGUAUGGUAGAUAUAUGGUGAGAUAUAGACCAGAUGCUGUAAUGUAUCUAUGUCCUCCACUUCGUUCUGCAGUAGAAACAUCUCACACAGACCAUGUAUGUUCCUGCGGCUCACAGUAUGAGAAAACAAGCAAUAUUAGUUGUAUGUGCAUACAUGUUAAUCAAAGUCAAGGGUAUUUUUGUACUGGGUACAAAGGCUACACUCAACAUUUUCAUAGCAGUGGCUUAAGACUCUAAAGCUGUCAAACCAGUUAAAUUCCUUAUUUAACCAUUGCUCUUGACAUGGCUCUGUAGCUGAUGCUAUAGCUUUGAAAAAAGACCACAGGGAUGAAAGAGGGCGGCUGUAGACCACAUCAGAGGCCGGGACUGGGGGGGGGGGCGUUUGGAGAUUAUAGUCUCCCCACACACGGGCUUCUAGUGUUGCACUGUGGUUAUAAAUUGAAACACUCCAUUGCCUACCCACAAUCACGUCAUUCUCUCUAGACACUAACUAAAGAGGAGAAAAAGAAGAUGGGGUUGUUUCUUGCAGACAUUGCAGAAUCACACAAUGUCAUUAUGUAUACCAAAAUGUCUGCAUGCCCUUAACUAAGCUAGCUGCUGGAUGAGUAUAUUGACGUGUUGUAUUACUUUUAUACUGGCUGGCAAACAUGUGAAACAUUCCACUCGUUAAUUUACUUAAUUGUCGGACAUUCCAUGUGUAGGAUUGCGCCAUGUACAUAUAGUAUCAUAUACAAAUAUAUUUUUCAUGUAUCAUUUGCACUUAAAAUAUUCUAUCGCAGUGUUACAACCUGUAUAAUCUCCAGCUGCAUUUAUUCGGUAUGAAUUAUGUUUUACUGCUCUGUUCCCCAUGAAAUGUUCAGGAGGAAUGUUUGUUCUAAUAAACAAACAAACAAACCAGA